GUAAGAAGAUGAAGAAGAAGAUGAUGAAGAUGGAAGAAGGCCCCGCCCAUCACGACGCAUGAAAACGACGUCACGAACGUAAACAAGAGCAUGUCGCACAGACAGACUCAAACAAGAGACAUGAACGGUCAGGCAGACGUCGAAGUUGACUACAAGCGAAAAUACAAAAACCUCAAACGAAAAUUAAAAUUUCUUGUUUAUGAACAGGAAUGUUUUCAGGAGGAGUUGAGGAGAGCACAGAGGAAACUUCUCAAGGUGUCCAGGGACAAAAGCUUCCUUCUGGACAGACUGCUGCAGUAUGAGAGGGUCGAUGAAGACUCCUCAGAUUCAGACGCAACAGUUUCUUCAGAAAACAGUGAAGGCGAAGGCCCCAGAGAGAGGGAAAGAGAACGAGAUGGAGCAAAGAAGCGAAGAAGUAGUCCUGGGGCGUGUCUUCCUUCAUCAUCCUCCCCUCAUCUCUCCCUGCUGUCCCGUCCUGGUGUAAAUCCCCUACAGUCGUCGGGCUCGGGACCCUACCUGAACACUAUGCCCUUCCCACCAGAGUAUUUGGCUCCCCCAGCUGAACGAAUGAAGAAAGAGAGAAAAACAAAGACGCCUAAAAACAAGAAAGAGACUACGGGGAAGGUUGUUGCCCCAAUGGCAGCUAAUUACCCAUCAGCUACCACGGCCCCUCCAACAGCCAGCGGCCCCUUCAGCUGGGUUCCCAGACAGAUGCUUAGCGGAGAUGCAGCUGAGGAGGAGGGAGACAGUGAUGGAGACAGCGACAGAGGAGAUGAAGACAGAGGGGAGGGAGACGAGGCUGAACUAGUCAUUGACAUCCCUAAUGAGUGAGCCUGACUGUGUGUUUACAUGUGUAGUACAUUUGUGUGUGUGUGUGUGUGUGUGUGUGUGUGUGUGUGUGUGUGUGUGUGUGCAAGUGAAAAACAGAACAUGGCUGAAUGUAUUUUCUGUUUUCAGUUGCCCAUUUUACAUUUUCAGAAGGAGAGCCAAGCUCCCCCCUGUGGACUUUUGCUACAUUGCACUCUCAAAAAUAUCUCCCUGAUAAAUGUGGUUUUCCAACAUUAUGUUAAGAAUACAAUCUGUGUAAGAAUAAAAUGUAGAGUUUGUAAGUUGUUAAGAAAAAUCCACAGCCACUGGGACGUUUGGAUACUUUGAUUGUAACACAGUUUCAAGCUGCUGCUGAUUAUUUUUUGUCUAAACAUUCUAGCAGUCAACAAACUGUGACUACAACUAGGUGUGUCCUGCACAGAGAGAGUGCUUGUUUGUUAACUGUUCUGCAUUUUGUAACCACCAUCUCAGACUUGGUAUAGAUGUUUCAAAUGUUAAAUCAUCUUUGCUUGUUACAGACUUUUACAGGUUUUUGGACCUGCCAUUUGUACUUUAUUGAUGUUUUUUUUAAAGAAAUUGUCAAAAAUCAAAGCUACUUCAUUUAAAUGGAGAUAUAUAUAGAUAUAACCUAUCAGGUUGUGUGUGUCAGAGAAUAAAAUGUAAAAAGUUAUCAUUAAA